CGAACAUAAAAAGGACGGGCACUCCGGCCGUUAGUGACAACACAGCUACUUAGCUAGUUAAUUAGCUAGCCCGUUGAGACUUGGACUUCAUUGUCCGCAUAAAUCAUUGACGUUUAAUGAUUUGAUUUAUCACAAACUACAGCAUAAAUGUUGUAAAUUAGUAAUUUCAAUGGCGUUCAAUGGCCACCAACGCGACGAUGAAACUACCGACGAAGACGAAACGCCCACGAAGCAGCCGCGCUCCGCCAUAGAGAUGCCCGGUUAUUUCAGAAACGAGCCCAACAAUGAGGCAGCCGCACCCGCUGGACGAGCCACAUCCGACCGCCGGACCUCCAACUCAGCGGCGAGGCAUCGGAGCGACUCGGUGAAGAAAACAAGGCCGCCAUUUCCCUGGUUUGGCAUGGACAUUGGAGGCACUCUGGUGAAGCUGGUGUACUUUGAGCCUAAAGACAUCACAGCUGAGGAGGAGCAGGAAGAGGUGGAGAACCUUAAGAGCAUCCGGCGCUACCUGACCUCCAACACCGCUUAUGGCAAAACGGGCAUCAGGGACGUGCACCUGGAGCUGCAAGACCUGACGCUGUGCGGCAGGACGGGCAACCUGCACUUCAUCCGCUUCCCCACGCAUGACCUGCCGGCCUUCCUGCAGAUGGGCCGUAACAAGCACUUCUCCAGCCUCCACACCACCCUCUGUGCCACUGGAGGGGGGGCGUACAAGUUUGAGUCCGAUUUCCGCACGAUGGCUGACCUGCAGCUUCACAAGCUGGACGAGCUGGACUGUCUGAUCCGAGGCGUGUUGUACAUCGACUCGGUGGUGCCCAGCGUCUCUUCUGAGUGCUACUACUUUGAAAACCCCACAGACCCGGAUCACUGCGUCCAGAAGCCCUACACACUGGAGAACCCCUAUCCUCUGCUGCUGGUCAACAUAGGGUCCGGGGUCAGCAUCCUGGCCGUCUACUCCGAGAACAACUACAAACGAGUCACUGGGACCAGCCUCGGUGGUGGGACCUUCCUGGGCCUUUGCUGUCUGCUGACUGGCUGCUCUACUUUCGAGGAAGCCCUAGAAAUGGCUUCUGAAGGGGAGAGCACCCGUGUGGACAAGCUGGUUCGGGACAUUUAUGGAGGAGACUACGAGAGGUUUGGACUGCCAGGCUGGGCUGUGGCCUCGAGUUUUGGCAACAUGAUGUCCAAAGAGAAGAGGGAGUCUGUGUCCAAAGCGGACCUGGCCAGAGCAACACUGGUCACCAUCACCAAUAACAUCGGCUCCAUCACCCGAAUGUGCGCUCUCAAUGAGAACAUUGAGAGAGUGGUGUUUGUGGGCAACUUCCUAAGAGUGAACACCCUCUCUAUGAAGCUGUUGGCCUACGCCAUGGACUACUGGUCCAAAGGUCAGCUCAAAGCCCUCUUCCUACGGCAUGAGGGUUACUUUGGAGCAGUUGGAGCCCUGCUGGAGCUCCUGCAUCCUUCUUAAUCCGUCCAACUACAUCCAAAGAAGCACUUGUCAAUCUGCUGCAAAGACCAUUAGCACUUUAGACUGUUCAGAGUCAAUUCCAAGGUGGGAUUUAACAUCCAGCCACCAGCCAGUUACUGCUAAAUUGUGGUUGUUGCAGGCAAACUGUCAAAACGUUUAGAGGUCUUAUCAUGUUCUCAGAAAUCAAGUUGGUUUGUAAAAUGGUGAAAAGCGGCUUCUGAAUUUUGACACACACCUGCUAUUGUGGUCAGUGGAUGGAAACCGGUUUCCUGCUCACAUCAAAGUCGAAUGCAGCAAAAGUGACAAAGUCAUUGUCUGCAUGACUUAGAAGAAAUGAGUUGAGCUGUGACUGAAACGUUUCUCAAGGAAAUUCACCACGGUUGCCUGAAAUACUAAAGAUAAGAGGUACUUAAAAAGUACUCGUCAUGAUAUAGUUUUGUCUUGUGGACUGCAUGUAGCCCUCAGUGGAUAUCAGGUCCUGGUCCAAAUAUUGGCAAAUAGUGUUUUAUAUGGUUGAUUUUACUUAACUUAAGUACCAGGUGGAUGGGAGCUUUUUAAAUUGGAUGAUACUGUAUGAUAAGGAUGUAACGGUACACAAAAUUUACGGUUUGGUAUGUACCUUGGUUUUGGGGUCAUGGUUCGGUACGAUUUCGGUACAGCAGAAAAAAAAAGAAAGGUAGAAAAUAACAUUUUGGU